AUGUCAAUGGAGAACCGCCUGGACAUCACCAUCUCCAAGAAAAGCCGGGAUAGGAAAGAAAGCCAGCCAGCCGCCGCCUCCCUUCGGUCCGGUUCGGUCAGCAGCGGGUGUCACCAUCAGCCGAGGAGAUGGUCCCUUUGGGCUUCCGGCAGGACGAGCCAGGUGGAUCCCCGGGAGAAGGAUCGGCCCAAAAGCCAGCGGAGUGAGUGGGUCCUCCGCAGCGGCUCCGACAGACAAACCCUCAUCAGACAGCACCGUCUUGUCCGCGGUCUAAAUUUAGCAGCUUCCCCGGGAGCCGGCGACACGGACCGAUACCCGGGUGUGCCCUCCCACGCCCAUCCUCCCUCCUCCCUCCCUCCCCGGCUCCUCCCCGCCUGUCAGACGCCGGGGCCGUCCCGGCUGCUCCCGGCCGAGCCGACCUGGGCCCGAGCCGGGAGGGGCGGCUGCACCGACGUCCCUCCCGCGCCCCAAAGGAGGAGUGACCGGGAGGGAGGGGAGCCGGCCGGGACCCGCCGGACUCCGGAGACCCGGGCAGGGAGGGGGCUGGGUCGGAGGAGCCUGGGCUGCCCCCACCCCCCAGGCCGGAGCGAGCCCCUCUCUUCCCUCCGGGCAGACAAAAGACCGACGGCCGGGGACCCGCAUCCUCAGCCCGGCCCCCGGGAGGGAAGGAGUCGGGGGCGGGGAGGGGGGUCUCUUUACCCGGCGCCUCGGCUCCGGGUCCCUGGGCCCCGCCUCCGGACAGACGGACCGCCGGACAAUGGGCCCCGGGGCUGCGGCUGGGGCCGGCCGGGCCUGGCUCUCCGGGACCGGGCCCCGCAGGCAGGCGGAGGGCAGCUGCGGGCCAAGCCGAGGGGCGGUGGAGCCGAAGGGGGGCGGCGCUGCGAGACGGACAAAGCCCAACGGCAGACAGACGGACGGACGGAGGGGGAAAAGAUGGCGACGCGGGCGGCGGGAGCGCGCUGCUCGCGCACCGGCAGCGGGCGAGAGUUCCUGAGCCUGCCUCUGACAUAGCUUCCUUGGUGGGGAAUGCCGUGGGAAGAAAAUGUUAGAUCAGUUUUGAGUCCCACCCAGCUCUGUCACGGAUGAGCCUGGUGACCUAGGGCAAGGCACUUUCCUAUUUUGAACGUCUAUUCCCUGAGAUGUAAAAUGGAUAAUAAUGUCAUAAUUCCUGACCUCUGUUCUCAUAGAUUGUUGUGGUGAUUAAGUAAAAUGAACACAUGAAAUGUA